AUGGGAGCUAACCCCCCAUUUGCAGUUUUUGAAGGGUUUGUGAAACGUAUAUGGGGUCAUCUGGGAAUUGAGCGUAUUGUGAGGAUGCAUAUAGGCCUGACUAUAGUAAAAUUCAACGAUGAGGCUACCAGGGACUUUGUUUUGGAAACGGGAAUGGUGCAAUUUGACAAGAAACCAGUGAUUGUGAGACCUUGGACUCAAGAUCUUGAUACUAUCAGGUUAGUUCGUUCGGUUCCCUUAUGGAUUAGAUUGCCUAAUCUUGGUCUUCAGUAUUGGGGCCAGAAAUGCCUCAGUGCAUUGGUCAGUACUAUAGGGAAACCUAUUAUGGUGGAUAAAUUCACUAAGGAGCGAUCGAUGAUUAGAUAUGCGAGAAUCCUAGUUGAAAUGGAAAUAUCUGAUAACCCGCCUUUUAUCAUAUAUUUUGUGAAUGAGAGAGGUCAAGUUCAAGAGCAAUUUGUUGAGUAUGAGUGGUUGCCCAUUAAAUGCAAUAACUGUAAAGGGUACGGCCACAAUAUGGCUGAAUGCAAGAAAACUGGUUCAAAAAAUUGGUUUAAGAAGGAGGUGGCUGAUCUGGAAAAGGAUGGAGUCCCUACUAACUCAGGUGUUGUUGCAGCUGAAACAACCACAGAGAGUUCAGCAAAAGGUCCUAAACCAGUUAAGGAAGUCUCGGGGAAAAAUGAUGUGGCUGGAAUUGAGCUCAGUAAAGAUGCUGAUGGUGGUACUCAGGUUAUGACUUUAUCUCCUGACUCUAAUAAUAAGGAGAAUUGGGAAGUGCCAAAGAAGACAGGGAAUUCACGAGGGAAAUGGAAGCUUUAUAGAGCUGGGUUAGAUAAGAAGCAGAAUGCAUUUAAAGUUCUUCAAGAACAGGGGAAAGGUGGAACAAGUGGGAAUUUAGAAGACUUGAAUGUAGAUGGAUUGCUCCAAUUUACUUAG